CCUGGCGAUUCUUGGCAAAGGAUCUUAACACUUUUUCUUUAAAAUUCUUUAUUUGGGGAUUCCACGUAGACCUGCCGCCAUAAAUUGACCAUUUAAAAUCUUGUUUCUUUUGUUUAAACUAUUUUUCACAACUUAUGCAUCUGGUCACCUAGGAUUUUGAGCAUAACCGAGAUGGAUCAAGGGCACGAGAGGAGACAGUGGAUAUCAGCGUUGUCAGCUUUCCGCUUGCUCAUGUGUGUGUGCGCACUGGAGCGGGUGCUUGCUCAGAUUCGGUACUCGGUACUCGAGGAGCGCGAGCACGGCGCAUUUGUCGGUAACAUUGCCGAGGACUUGGGUUUGGAUGUCGCUAGGUUGUCUGCCAGGCGAUUCCGCAUAGUGUCCGGAGCUAGGAAACAGUAUUUAGAGGUCAAUUUGGAAAACGGGAUUUUGUUUGUGAACGAGAAGAUUGAUCGGGAGGAGCUGUGUGAGCAGAGUCCUGUUUGUUUCCUGCACUUGCAGGUGGUCAUUGAAAACCCACUGGAACUGUACCGAGUGGAAGUUGAGAUCUUAGACAUUAACGACAACGCUCCGAGUUUUCCGUGGAGCGAGUUCAAUCUUGAGAUAACAGAGUCUGCCGCGCCGGGUUCACGGUUCCCACUUGAGAGCGCGCAAGACUUAGACGCGGGAUCCAACUCGCUCCGCUCAUACUUGCUUAGUGCUAAUCAACACUUUGUGCUGGAUGUACAGACGCGCAACGACGGGAGCAAGUUCGCAGAACUCGUGCUGGAGUCUCCCUUAGACCGGGAGAAGCAGAAAAUGCACGAAAUGGUCCUAACCGCCGUGGACGGCGGCUCUCCGCUGCGCUCGGGCACUGCUCAGAUCAUGGUGACAGUACUGGAUGCGAACGAUAAUGUUCCUGUAUUCGACAGAUCAGUUUACCGGGUGAGCCUGGUGGAGAACGCACCGAGAGGUACAUUAGUGCUCAAACUCAACGCUACGGAUCUGGACGAAGGCUCGAAUGGUGAGAUUGUUUAUUCGUUCAGCGGACACGCGCCCUUGAAAGUGCGCGAGCUGUUCAGUGUAGAUUCUUUUUCGGGUGAAAUUAGGGUAAAAGGGAUUGUGGACUAUGAAAAAGCUAACGUAUACGAGUUAUAUGUACAAGCUAAAGACAAGGGUCCUUCUGCCGUGGCCGUGCACUGUAAAGUACUUGUCGAUAUAUUGGACGUGAAUGACAACGCGCCAGAGGUCAUCCUGACCUCUGUCUCCACACCUGUUCAGGAAGACGCGCCUCCGGGGACCGUGAUAGCCGUGAUCAGCGUCAUGGAUCGUGACUCCGGGGAAAACGGAGCAGUGGACUGUCAGAUACCCAGCCACGUCCCAUUUAGGCUUCAUUCAUCAUUUAAAAACUAUUACACUCUGGCGACCAGCGAAUUUCUAGACAGAGAGUCCGUAGCCGAAUACAACAUUACUCUCACAGCGCGAGAUUUAGGCUCGCCAUCGCUCUCCACUGGGAAAACUAUUCAUGUUCUUGUGUCAGACGUUAAUGACAAUCCUCCGCGAUUUCUCCAGCCGUCCUACACCGUCUAUGUGACCGAGAAUAACGCACCGGGUGCAUCUAUCUGCUCUGUGAGCGCAGUCGAUCCAGACUCUAACCAGAACGCUUAUCUGUCCUACUCUAUUUUAGAGGGUCAAAUAAGGGGCAUGCCUGUGUCCACGUAUGUUUCUAUCAACUCGGACAAUGGCAAUAUUUACGCUCUUCGCUCAUUCGACUAUGAACAGCUCCGCAACUUUCAGAUACGAGUUGAGGCGCGAGACGCGGGUUUCCCGCCGCUGAGCGGAAACGUGACUGUCAGCGUGUUUGUGUUAGACCAGAACGACAACGCACCGUUAGUCGUUUCUCCGCUACCAAAGAAUGGCACGGCGGCUACUGAGACGGUGCCGAGGUCGGCGGAUGCAGGCUACCUCGUAGCAAAAAUUACAGCACUAGACGCGGACGCUGGACAAAACUCUCGCCUCUCGUACCAGGUACUGCACGCCACGGACCCGGGUCUAUUCAGCAUCGCGCUUUACACAGGUGAAAUUCGGACCAUUCGCCGCUUUGUAGACAAAGACGCCACAAGACACAGACUCGUAAUAUUGGUCAAGGACAAUGGACAGCCCUCUCUUUCAGCAACCGUAUCGCUCAUUUUGACGCUAGUGGACGGCGUGCCGGAAUCGCUGUCAGACCUCGAUGACCAUCCUCUCAACCGCCGAGCGCCUUCUAAUCUCGCCCUCUAUCUAAUCAUCUCGUUGAGCGUCGUUUCGCUCAUCUUUCUAGUAGCCAUUAUCGUACUGGCAGCGCUGAAGUGCUACAAGGACCGUGACUGUCCUGGAGGUUUCGGAGUGUCCUCUUUCGGUGCUGCGUGCUGCACUCUCGAGUCGGAGCCGCCCACAGAAGCAUGCAAAAAGUCCAACCUGAAUCUGCAGAUCUCUACCGGGGCAAAGGUGCCAACGAACUGUGUGGAAAACAGUGCAGGAACCACGGCUCAGAACUACUGUUAUAAGGUGUGUCUGACACCCGAAUCAGCCAAGAGUGACUUCAUGUUUAUGAAGUCGUACAGUCCGAGCACGCCAAGGAACAACGCGGCUAAGGAGGCUGAAAAUGUGGCGUGGAGCUCACAGAGCCGUGGCUCUUUGGCGAAUAACGGAGCGACAACUCCUAACGAGUUAAAGCAAGACAAUACUAAUUGGGCUCUUACCAAGAACCAAACGUCAACUUUGAAAAGUUAUAACUCAGUUAAUAUGGAUAGCACACUUAUGAGGAAGGUCAUGCAGACUGAUUCAGAGAACUAUGUGAGUCCAGUGGCUGCAGGACAGUACUGGACAUGGGGAACACGAAUAAGAGAGUGCAAGAGAUCUUCUCCUGCGACUGGCCUCCCAGACCGAGCAUGGACACCCCGCUACACCCCCACGAAAACUCCUCAACAGCAGCAGCCUUCAGGUCAAUCACAUGGCCAUCCUCCACCUGACUACCAACACAAUGUCUACAUCCCUGGGACUCCAUCGGCACUCUGUACACUGCGGCCCAGUAAUCGUAGUGAACUUGAUGUCCACAACACCUUCUCCACUUUCGGCAAGAAGCGCAAGUUUAUCUCCCCUAGUAAUUAUGACACAAGGGAUGAAACAGGUACUGAGGUCAUCAAUAAUGACCUGUAUAAUGAAUAGUGAAAUAAUGGAGCUGGACUGCAACAGUGUGAAAGAAGGUGGACAAAAAAUGUCAAGGGGAUGCAAAUGCUGGAAGGAAAAAAUAAAGUGAAGCAGAAAAGAAACUAGAAGACCAGAAAUAUUAAUUGCAACCAAAGCAGAGUCUACUUAUCCAAAACAUACUGCUCUAAUUUUACAGCUACAUAUGUUUCUGAUAAGGGUGGUAUGCUUCCCAUACCCAGUUUGCUCUUAAAGACUUUUUUGGUUUAUGUCUGUCACAUUUGUAUGUUUGUGGCACAUUAAGCAUGAGCCAGAAUAAGUAAGCUUUAAACUCCAGCAGGGACUGGAAGAACUGACUUAGUGUCAGAGAUUAACAUCAAAUUGUUUAGGGCUGUCUAGCUAAACCUGAAUUUAUGUUGGUGCAAUGUUUCAUGCAUCUAUGUUGGUUUUGGUUGGGUUCUUUGGUUUUCAUGCAAAAGCAUAAUGGUAGGUGAAUGCCUACUCUCGGAUUUUAAAAGGCCUCUAAAAACACCACUAGGUGUAAAUUAGUGUUCCAGUGUAAAACUCCAGAUCUGCUGUAACUCUAACUAGGGUAAAGUGGUUCCCAUGGGUGAGGAUAGAUAAAUAAAUUAAUAAAAGUUAUAUUUUAAUUAUGCAUAAUUACAAUAGUAAAAAGAUCAUUAAGAAUUUUGGGGGUAUUCAAUGGUUCUAUGCAGACCCUUACAACCAAGUGGCUUCAAUUCAAAAAGAACUGGGUUUAUUCUUCUGUUGAAUCAUAAGCUAAAUAAUGACUUACUACUGCUUUUUUAGGAAAACUUAACACACUGUUUAAUUGUAUGAAGGUCAAAGGUUAUGAAACUGCAACAUUGAUUCACAUUGUGACUCACAUUUGUGACAUUAUUAUUAUUUUAUUAUUAUUAUUAUUAUGCUAAAUUUUUUGACAAUCAUAUUAGGUCAACUGUGAGCAUUACAUACCCUUUUGGCCAUUUUGUGAAUUUUCUGUCUUGCAGAAAUAUCAGGCCAUAGCCUUUCAUUGAUUGGUUGCUCAGUUAAAGAGGUGAAUCAGUCUAACCUGGUUAUUGUUCAGUGAACAAGAUGUACAAUACUAAUAUGUAUGCAAACUGUGUAACUGACUUAUGGCGUCUAGUGCAGUAUAACACUGCAUACAUUCUGAUAAUAAAGUAUU